CAGGGGAGCCUCUCCGCAGGCUUGCACAGCUGGGUGUGGUUUCAAGAGGAAGAACACAUUAAGCAAAUUAUUUUGAAGAAGUGGUUCUUUGCCAGUCUGUUUAAAGAGUGCCCAGUCUUCUUUACACGACCCGAAUUCGUUCCCGCUUCUUUUUUCCUCCUGCGUGUUUCUCCUGUUGCGUUCUCUCGCCUCCCAAGAUGUUUCUUGCUAGAAAAUUGGUCGGUGGUCUUCUUGAUGUCGUCACAAAUGUUGACCAGUUUAUCCCCUCGGCACCUCCCCCCCCACGGCCAUCCCUCCAGUAUGCUGAGCAGCACGAGAGCGACGAGGACCGGCAGUUCCGAAAAGUGUUCCAGCAGCUUGCCGGAGAUGACAUGGAGGUGAGCCCAGCAGAGCUGAUGAAUAUACUCAACAAAAUUAUUGGCAAACACGGCGACCUCAAAACCGACGGAUUCAGCAUCGAGUCCUGCCGAAGCAUGGUGGCGGUCAUGGAUAGCGACAGCACAGGCAAGCUGGGCUUCCAUGAGUUCAAACACCUCUGGAACAACAUCAAGAAAUUGCAGGGGGUGUAUAAGCAGUAUGAUGCUGAUCGCUCUGGUACGAUCGGGGCUUCAGAGUUACCAGGUGCUUUCCAAGCUGCAGGGUUCCCUCUGAAUGGCCAGCUGUACCAGAUGAUUAUUCGUCGCUAUAGCGAUGAGAGAGGCAACAUGGACUUUGACAAUUACAUUGGCUGCCUGGUUCGUCUGGACGCCAUGUGCCGUGCCUUCCAAACCCUGGACAAAGAUCAUAAUGGAACCAUUAAAGUGGACAUUAAGGAGUGGCUCCAGUUGACCAUGUACUCUUAAAGAUCCUGCUGGGUGCCAGUGGAAAGGAGGCUACAUCUCUCCACACAAUGUUGAUGUUCAGCUGAUCCUUCAACACUAGGAAUAUCUCUCUGCCAACUCUCUCCGCAUGGCUGCUUCUGCUUCUAGAACUCUUUCCGAUUUCUAAUUGGUUUGUUGUUUUUUUUGGGGGGGGGGGAAGGUGAAGUAGGAUGUUUUUUGCAAUGUCUUUUGGCUAAUAAUUCUUCUUUUUUAUUUUUUAUUUUUUUAAGUUUUUUUUUAUAUCUAAUUUGUUGCUUGUGGGCAUAUUUAAUUUUUUUUUUUUUUUAACCCAUCAUCCCAUGUUCUUAAUUUGAAGUUACUGUGAAGUUUUAUCCUGCACUGUGCUGUGCGUAAAAUCGAAUUGUUAGAAAGACACGUGACAUGUUUAAUUAUUGUACCUUUUGUUUUUGCGUCAGCAGUACAUGCAGAUUCCACCAGGUGGCAGUCUUACACCUGUAAAGACACGCCAUUGACAGACCCAGUUUCAUUUAAUGUUAAGACUUUAAAUGUUCAUACAACUUUGCGGUCGAGUCGAGGUUCGCCUCGUUUUUCUGUGAAAACAGCAGCAGCUCAACAUUAAGUGCAAAAAAUAUGUUUUGUCCUUAACGGAAACGGAAAUUCGAAAUUUUACGAAGUAUGUAUUUUUUGUUUCAUCAGCCAAGAAUUAAGGCCGAAAUGUUUGUAUGUUACUUUUGAAAUCAUUGCGAUGACUUUAUGAAUGAUGCUUGGUUUGUCUGUUACAAUGCUAACUGGUAAUGCAACACAAAAUGUUUGUCACGCAUCCAUCCAUAUAUAUAUAUAAUCAAAUUACCCAUUGAAAAUGAUUGAUUUUUUAUUUUGGUUUAUUAUAUUAUGCAAAAAAUUAAAACUCUUUACAAUUUCA